UAGCGUCGAGUAGACCGCAUCCCAAGUAUAACGUACGUAUUCACGAGGACCUCCUCUAUACAUCGUGGAAAAAGCGUGUAUGGAGCCGCCUGUGCUACCAGGAGUACUAGUAGUGAUCGUGUAGUGCGCCGGCUGGACAAGAGAAACGUGGUGUGACAGUGAGAGCACGGUAGCGCGUGCGGUGCGUGUCGCGAUACACGACGGUCACGAACAGGACUCCGUACGAAUGUGUGGGUGCGUGUGGCGUAUGUGUGUGUGUGUGUAGUCACCUUUUCGUGAGAGCAAGCGAGCGAGUGCGUGCGCGCGCGCACAGCGUUCGCGUGCGUAUGUGUGCAUGUCCUGUAUGAGGGAGAUAGAGGAGCGUAUGUGUGGUGCGUGAGUGCGUGUCGUGUAAUUUCUUCGUGCAUCCUUCUUUUCCUUGUUGGUGGUACCGUUUGGUAAACGAGGCCGAAGUGACAGACAGACCGUCCGCGUGUACGAUAUGUCGGAACACCACCGCGUAGCCGGUGGCUGGGGCACACCAAGCCCAGGAAGCCGUGAGGAUACCUCCGGUGGUACCGCCUGGUGGCCUUCGGGUUUAAACACCGUCUCGGCAGAACAACAACAGCAACAACAGCAGCAACAGCAGCAACAACAAAAUCUACAUCAACACCUGAUGAAUCAACAGCAGCAGCAGUUAACACAACAACAGCAAGCGCAGCAACAGCAUCAUCAGGAUAUCGUUAGGAGUACCGCUGCCGCUACCCAGCAGCUUUUCUCCUACAAGAUGGCCUCCAGCUUUCAGAACCCAGCCACCACGGGCACGCAGUCGAAUCCCAUCUCGACGUCUACGCCGGUUGGCUCCUGCAUGAGGGGAGGCUAUGAUUAUAGAUUAGGAACGGGGCCCGGAACAGGCGGAGGUGUACCUGGUACACCUUCCGCACCACCGCCUGGCGUACAGUGGUGGUACCCAGGUGGAGUUAUGGACGCCGGACAGAACAACCUGCAUCAGCAAUUGCAGGGCCAACAACAGCAGCAGCACCUCUCGCCCAUUACCACACAAACGUCCACGCCCCCCGUUAUGUCCCCGCACCAGAUACAACAGUUAUCACAGCAACAAAAUAAUCUUCAGCAAAAUAACGCUCAGAGUUUACAACAAAGAGACAAUAUGCCUAGAGGAAAAGAUUCGAAGCCAAGGGGACGGAUGACCGCAUAUGCGUUUUUCGUGCAAACGUGUCGUCAGGAGCACAAAAAAAAACACCCCGAGGAAAAGAUUGUCUUUCGGGAAUUCUCUAAAAAAUGCGCAAUGAGGUGGAAGACAAUGUCAGACAAAGAAAAGAAACGUUUUCAUGAAAUGGCAGAGAAAGAUAAAAAGAGAUACGAUGCAGAGAUGCAGAAUUAUACACCACCGAAAGGAGAAAGUAAAGGAAGAGGCAAAAAACGCAAACACAUCAAAGACCAUAAUGCUCCGAAAAGAUCGCUAUCUGCCUUUUUCUGGUUCUGCAAUGAUGAACGUGGAAAAGUGAAAAUGCUAAAUCCUGAGUUUGGUGUAGGUGAUAUCGCCAAGGAAUUAGGUAAAAAGUGGUCAGAUGCAGAUCCCGAAACCAAAUCGAAAUAUGAGGCUAUGGCGGAAAAGGAUAAAGCUCGAUAUGAAAGGGAAAUGACUGCGUACAAAAAAAAAAUGAAAGAUGGGGCACCUGUAGUAGGAGUCCCAGUGAAUACUGUAAAAAGUGACAGUGAAGAAGAGUAUAAAGAAGAUGAUGAAUAGCGGAUGCACGACAAAAUUUCAUCUAUCACCCCGUGUCCUUGAUCCUGAAAGCAUACCUCACCUACUGUACGUACCAUUGAUCUUAGCGUGAGCGUACUUACACCACUAGGAAAAAGAAAUAACUAAUCACCAGUCCCCGAUUAUUUACAAUAAUAAUUAAAUACCCGCGAUUAUAAUAAUUAUUUUAAAAUUGUAUGUAUGACAGGUGUGAGAGAAGAUCGUAUGAGUGACAUUUGUAUUUUAACAUAUUGAUAGUAACAUGUAAAAUGGCGUAGGAUAGCAGAAUGAAAAGAUAUGGUGCCCACUUUCUAUCAGGUGGAAGGCGCAGGGGCUCAAUCAUUGUUGACAUUGUCUCCAGACUAUGUUAAAAAAUAACCUAAUUAUAUAAAACAGGAUACGGCGGCUCCAUUGUUGGGCGGUAUCAUUCGAAAUAGUUUGAUAUUUAUCAGUUCAGUUCAUUCGCUGCCAGUGUAAGAAGACUUAUUGUAUAUCCUUGUACAGAAUAUUUCUUUAAAUCAAAUCUGUCGCAGGUGGGGCAUGGGGCUGCUUUGUAUGAAUGUAAUUGAUUUAAGUAUGUGUCGUAUAGUUGUAAGUAUUAGGAUAAGUAUAUAUUUUAAUGCAACUUCGAUUCUACAUCUGCGUCAACAUGUGAUAGUUUCCACAAAUGAUGUAUUCUAAACCACGAGAUUGAGCCUUAUAGCUUAUAAGUGAUUGGAAUCGAAACAAAAUAUCUAAUUCGCAAGUUUACGAAAUCAAAAUUGGGACGAUAACCCAGCCAUGGAGCAGUGGUAUUGUAAAGUACUACACAAAACGCAUAAAGCGCGAAUAUCUUCUGUUCGUAAGAAAGUGGAGCAUAGAAACGAUCCGAUUUGUUUGAUAUAAUUGAUGAAAAAUUUCGCUUUUAUGUUAUCUUAGUAAUAUUAUAAAUUAUAAUCUCAAUUUUUUUAUAAUUAUAUGAAGUAAUGAAUUUUUGUUCUUAUCAAAAUUAAUGACAGUCGUUAAUGACACACUAAAAUAGAAUUGUAUUUUGAGUUUUAACAAAUUGAAGUGGUCCCUGCCCUUACCAUCUCGUCAUUCUCCCUCUCAUAUUCAUUUUCCAAUAAAACAUACGUUAAAAUCCUUUCAGAAUCAUGUGAUUCCGUUCAUUGUUUAAGAAAGUAAGAUAAGGCGUGUCUUGUAUUGCCUCGAGUCAUCUGGUGUACAGCAGGCUGUAUUAUAAUAAAUUAUUGUGGUUUCUUGUAAUAUUAACAUUCCUAGAUCCUAGUAUGUACAGAACUUAAUCAUUGAGAUUAGAGUCAACUGUGUAAGAAGCAUACCAAAAAAAA